CAUCUCCUUUAUAGUUUGCUUAUUAUUCUAGUAAAGCGGGCACGCAUGGUCCCAGCAGUCUGCCACUAUAAGGCACAUUACUAGAUGAGCGCACAACAUGUGGGUCUUGGUUUAUCCCAUUCUGGACCCCUCCUGCCCCUCCCCUGACACAGCGCCUCAAUAAAAUCCAUUCCCAAGUUGCCAUCAAGAGGAGCGCACGGCUGUAUCACAGCAACACUGCAGUUACAGGUGAUGAGGGAAUAAUAUACCGACUUUAGAGGAUAGUGUGUUUCACUCCCACCACGAGUAGUUGCACUUUUUUUUACGCAUCUUUCGAUUAGUUAGAGUCGCGCGUAAACUUUGGCUGCAAUGAUGACAAGCGCCAUCGCGACGACAAUGACCCUCUUGUCGUGGGGUUAUUGCAUUUUGGCCACGCAGGUCGCCUUCUCCAACUUCUCAAUGGACAACGAGGUGCGCUCCAGUUUCAUCCACCGGCGACUGCGGAACCAAGAGCGCAGAGAGAUGCAGCGGGAGAUCCUCUCCAUCCUGGGGCUGCCGCACCGCCCGCGGCCGCACGUCUACACCAAACACAACGCUGCCCCGAUGUUCAUGCUGGACCUUUACAAUACCAUCUCUCCAGAUCCAGAGCCGCCCGGGUAUUCUUACUACAAGCCGACCCAGGUCUCCCCCAUGGUGACCCCGCAGGACAGCCGCUUCUUGGAUGACGCCGACAUGGUGAUGAGCUUUGUCAAUCUGGUUGAUCGAGAUCAAGAUCUUCUGUACCAGCAGCACAGAAGAGAAUUCCGCUUUGACCUUUCCCGUAUUCCAGAAGGAGAGGCCGUCACGGCAGCAGAGUUUAGGAUUUAUAAAGAAUUUAUCCCGAAAAGCUAUGACAACGAGACAUUCAGAGUCAGCGUCUACCAGGUCCUGCAGGAGCCUCCAAACAGUGAAGUGGAGCUCUUGCUGCUGGAGCGUCGGGAAGUGUGGGCUGCAGAGGAGGGCUGGCUGGCCUUUGACCUGACCGCCACCAGUAACCUCUGGCUGGUCAACCCUGAGCAGAACCUCGGCUUGCACCUGGUCCUGGAGGACGGCCAUGGCCAGAAGAGGAACCCCCAACUGGCCGGGCUGGUGACGGGCAGUGGACCUCAGGACAAGCAGCCCUUCAUGGUUGCCUUCUUCAGAGCCAACGAGGUGCGUUUCCGCAGCAUUCGCUCUGCCCACGGUCACAAGGGGCGCCAGUCUAACCGCUCCAAACCCCAGAGGACUGUCCAAGAUGCAUUGAAGGCAGUGGAGGCUGCAACAGAUAACCUUGGCAUCUCUAAAGAGGGAUGUAAAAAGCAUGAGCUGUAUGUCAGUUUCAGAGAUUUGGGAUGGCAGGACUGGAUCAUAGCACCAGAGGGCUAUGCAGCAUACUACUGCGAGGGAGAAUGCGCCUUCCCUCUCAACUCCUACAUGAAUGCCACCAAUCAUGCAAUUGUGCAAACUCUGGUGCACUUUAUCAACCCGGAGACAGUGCCCAAGCCCUGCUGUGCCCCAACCCAGCUACACGGCAUCUCUGUGCUCUACUUUGACGACAGUUCCAACGUGAUCCUCAAGAAGUACCGCAACAUGGUGGUCAGAGCGUGUGGCUGUCACUGACUUACCCCCUCCUGUGAAUUUGGAAGGGUGCUUAAGAGAGGCGGAAGUGAAGGAACCAGAGACAAGAGAUGAUUGACUGGCUGGUCAGCAGGGAGCUCCUGCCACAGGAUGAGAUUUAAUCUGGUGUACUGUUUUUAUGACCAGCAGCUGGGCCUCCCAUGCAGUAUUAACCACUACCACAAACCAAUUAGAAUUAGUCACAGAGAAAGGUUGAACAAAAGCUUUUCUUUUGUUUUGACUCACAGGAAAAAGAACUCAGAGCAGCGCAGAGUUCAGACUUCAAAAUUCAGAGACUCAAACAAAACGUUCAGUGCUAGAAAGAUCAAAUCAAAACUAUUUCUCCAAAUUUACAACACAUAUCUAUAUGCAUUUGAAUUCUCUUGUGGCCAUCAGAAUAUAAAAUAUUGCCUGGCUGGAAGUGUGCAUUUGGUAACUGAUUUCAUAGCUCAUAAAAAUCUCCAUCUUCCUGUUGAACCACUGCAGCUUGUCUUUUGGAACAGCUAGAUGAACUUGUGUCCCGAUGAAAAGAACAAAAAUCUGCGUUCCCCAACAAACGUCACUGGUGUUGGACUGGUUGUACAAGAGGCCAUUUGGACCAGGUCAGGUGUACGACAUCUGGCAGCUUGUGCGUGUGCUGGAGUUCAGUGAAGAAUGACAGACGAGACUGUUAAUAACAGUGUGUGGAACUGAAAGGCCCCGCACAUUGGGCUCAGUUUCCUGGUGCAGACAUAUAUCACCAGACCUGCGAAGGGCAUACAGUCUGCGAGAUGUCAGUAAUUCAUCUUCAUGAGACGGACAUCAGGGUGUGCACCAUCACCCCCGACUGCAGCUGCCUCCUGGUUUCAGACCAGAGCUGCGGGUGGGCAAAGGGAUGCUGUAAUUUUAAUUUGUUGAAUAAAUGGAAA